CUCCUUCCUCCACCGGCAGUGGCUAGCCUUCAAGCAUGGGGCUUCUCAGCAUACUUAAAAAAGUGAAGCAAAAGGAGAAGGAGGUUCGCCUUCUAAUCUUGGGGUUGGACAACGCCGGCAAGACAACCAUCGUCAAGAAGUUCAACGGGGACGACAUCAACGCCAUCGAGCCCACCCUCGGCUUCAACAUAAAAACCAUGGAGUACAAGGGCUACCAGCUUAACGUCUGGGAUGUGGGAGGCCAGCAGACCAUCCGGUCAUACUGGAGAAAUUACUUCGAGCAGACCGAUGGGCUGAUUUGGGUUGUGGAUAGCGCAGACCGAGGCCGAUUGCAGGACUGCAAGCGGGAGCUGCACGACUUGCUCGGACAGGAGAAAUUGGCCGGAGCAUCGUUGUUAGUGUUCGCUAACAAGCAAGACCUUGUAGGGGCACUCGGGGCCGCGGAGAUUGCUCAAGUGCUUGGCCUCGAAUCCAAGCAGUUCGCCAAUCGGCACUGGAGCAUCGUCGCCUGCAGCGCGGUCACCGGGGAAGGGCUUGCCCAAGGGGUGGAUUGGAUGGUCAGCGAUAUCGGAGCCCGGAUAUUCAUGAUGUCAUGAUGAUACGCCCAGCAGCGGUGUCUGGAUAGGUAAAUAGCCCGUGAAGAAUUCUCGGCAGAGACAAGCAAGCAGGAUCGAUUGGUACACGCAACAGUCGGAUUAAGCACAAUGUGCUUGUAGCCCGCGAGAGAGGUGUCGAGCGUGUGGUGUCCGUCGCGUCCUGAUCGAUAGGCCAUGUACUGGGGUCUGUAGCG